AUGAAGCGCUCUCUGAAGCUCCUUAAGGCGAGGUCCUCCUCGUCGCCAGGGCAGUCUGGGUCUAAACCGACUGCGCCUUUGAAGAAGAAGGAUCGAUCGGCGGCGAGGAAGGUGAAAACCCGCAGUCCCGCGCCGGCGUCCCUCGACAAAAAAUCGCAAAAGAGAGCGGAUGAAACACCGCAGCCCGCAGAGAACGUGCCAGAAUUCUUUAAAAAAACUGAGGCCACACGCGCAGACAAAAAAUCUCGAAAAAACGUCAAGAAGGACAAAGGCGAAAAGCACGAAAAGCGUUUCAUUGUCUUUGCUGGAAAUCUCCCGCUUGACACGACCGCAGAGCAGCUCAAGCUCUUCUUCAAGAACAAGCUGCAAUCCCGCAUCGUUGGUGUGCGCGUGCUGACUCACCGAGGCACGAACAAGCCAAAAGGCUGCGCCUUCGUCGAGUUCGACUGCCGCGAGGCUCUCGAGAUUGCGUUGAACUACCACCACCGCGAACUCGGUGGCCGCAAAAUCAACAUUGAGCUGAGCGCUGGAGGAGGCGGUAACUCGAAGAAACGGCGCGAGAAGAUCUCCAAGAAGAAUGCUGAAUUGAAGAAGCAUCGGCGAAUGAAGGUGAAGCAGGCGAAGAAGCCAGAGCAAAGCAAAUGA